UUCACCAAUGCCCUUCAUUCACACACUUUCUUUUCCUUUCUUCUUGUUCAUUAUUUCUUCAAAUCUUGAAAGUUAAGAGAAAGGAAAAGAAGCAACACAGAGAGAGAGAGAGAUGGCAAGGGGAAAGAUUCAGAUCAAGAGGAUAGAGAACACAACGAACAGGCAGGUCACGUACUCAAAAAGAAGGAACGGUUUGUUCAAGAAGGCCAACGAGCUCACUGUUCUGUGUGAUGCUAAGGUUUCGAUUAUUAUGAUCUCUAGCACUGGCAAGGUCCAAGAAUAUGUUAGCCCUUCCACCACAACGAAGCAAUUGAUUGAUGAGUACCAGAAGGCCAAGGAGACAGACAUUUGGAGCUCGCACUAUGAGAGAAUGCAAAGAGAGUUGAUGAAGCUGAAGGAGGUGAAUAGGAGUCUUCGAACGGAGAUAAGGCAGAGGAUAGGUGAAUCUGCGAAUGAUCUGAGCUUGGAAAAAAUGCAUAUUCUUGAGCAAGACAUGGAGAAUGCUGUCAAGGUUAUUCGUGAACGCAAGUACCGGGUGAUUAGUGGCCAAACUGAAACUUUCAAGAAAAAGUUAAGGAGUGCUAAAGACAUACAUAGAAAUCUUCUACAUGGAAUUGAUGCUGGAAAUGAAGACCCACAAUAUGGAUUAGUUGAUAAUGGAGGAGAUUAUGGUGCUGUUAUUGGACGCUGAAAUGGAGAUCCUCACAUAUUUGCUUUGCGCCUGAGACCUAGGCAGCCUAACUUUCAUAGUGGGGCAGGGUCAGAUCUCACAACUUACACCUUGCUUGAGUAGCACCUGAGAUCAAAGGCUUCAGCUACCAAUGUAUUCCAAGAAUGCGAAUUAUGAGUAUUAACAGCAUCUAAACUUUGCACUCAACUAUAUGUGACUACAAACAUUUAGCGUUUUUCUACUAGAAUAUGCAGUUGACUUAUUAGCUUUUCUGAAUAAUGGUAUGAUGAAGUUAAGACUCUCAUUUAUUAUAUCUUUAUUUUGUUUA